CAGACACACCAUGUUUAUUUACACCAUUUUUUAUUGCUCUUCUAGGAUUUCAGAUGCAUGCCAGGUUCCCACUGAGUGCCAGAAGCAGAGCUCACUGCAGAUGGAGCCCCAAGGUCAGCAUGGCAGCGGUGGUUCGUUGGUGGUGAUCCAGCAGCCCUCCUUGGACAGCCGGCAGCGGUUGGACUAUGAGCGAGAGAGCCAGGCAACGACGAUUUUGUCACUGGACCAGAUCAAGGCGAUCCGGGGCAGCAAUGAAUACACUGAGGGUCCAUCUGUGGUGAAAAAGUCAGGGCCACGGACAGCACCGAGGCAAGAGAAGCAUGAGAGAACUCACGAAAUUAUACCAAUUAAUGUGAAUAAUAAUUACGAACACAGGCCCAGCCAUGGGGGGCACCCGGCACAGCAGCACCACGCCAGGGCUCCCAUCCUGAGCAGAUCGACGAGCACAGGGAGCGCGGCGAGCUCGGGAAGCAACAGCAGCGCCUCGUCGGAGCAAGGGCUGCUGGGGCGGUCACCUCCGUCCAGGCCGGGCUCGGGCCACCGGCCCGAUCGGACGAUCCGGACGCAGCCCAAGCAGUCCUCUCUGAUCGUCGAUGAUCUGAAGGGUCCCUUGAAAGAGGACGUGACGCAGCACAAGUUCAUCUGCGAACAGUGUGGGAAGUGCAAGUGUGGCGAGUGCACGGCGCCGAGGGCCCUGCCGUCGUGCUUGGCCUGCAACCGGCAGUGCCUGUGCUCUGCCGAGAGCAUGGUGGAGUACGGCACGUGCAUGUGCCUCGUCAAGGGGGUCUUCUACCACUGCUCCAACGACGACGAAGGGGACUCCUAUGCGGAUAAUCCCUGCUCCUGCUCCCAGGCACAUUGCUGUUCUAGGUACCUGUGCAUGGGAGCCAUGUCCUUGUUUUUGCCUUGCUUGCUCUGCUACCCUCCUGCAAAAGGAUGCCUAAAACUGUGCCGAGGGUGCUACGACCGCGUCAAUCGCCCAGGCUGCCGGUGCAAGAACUCCAACACUGUCUAUUGCAAACUGGAGAGCUGCCCCUCCCGGGGUCAGGGCAAGCCCUCAUGAUUUUUGGAGGGAGGUUUGCUUCCUCCAGCUCUUACUUUCAGGUUGUAGCUGUUUUGU